AUGUCGGCCUACAGCACCAACGACCUCCGCAGCCCAGCGAAACCAUACCAGCGAGAGAAGAACCAGCACAGCAAGUGGGCGAGAGGGGUAAAGACGGUAUAUAGCCGUUACCCAGACGUGCCUCAGCACGAACGAGAAACUAUCAUCCCUGGCCGGCCUGCACCCCGAGAUCUUGAUCGACGAUUGGGCCGUGCUGGAGCUCGAGAGCGACACAGCAUGCAGAACAAACUCAGUGGCCAAGCGGCCACUCUUGCACGCAAAGUCUUUCGCAACGAGGUGGUCGAAGCCAUCGACGGACCUCUGGCACUUGUCUCGGACACAUCUGAGGAAGAAGAUGUUUUGGACGCCUCUACUGCUCCUCUUCCGGCCGAGGCAGACUUUAUGUACAGCUACGAUGCCCCAAGCGGUCCUCGCAACGGCACUGACAUCUUGAGCCACGCCAUCAACCAAGCCGUUCAACGAUUCGAGAACAGCGAAACCGAGAAACUGGUCAACAAAGAAUACGACGUUGUUGAUGGCAAAGACAUGGUCGACCUGUCGACCGGUGAUGAUGAGGACGAGCAUGACUUUGAGAUGAUUGAACACUCUCAGUUGAACUAA